AUGGCUCUUCGCGUAGACUACGAAGGAAGUAACGAAGUUGGAGUUUUUUGUAGACUUACAAACAGUUAUUGUUUAGUAGGAGUUGGUGGAACACAGAACUUUUACAGGUUCGUCUUAUUCUAGUUUAAUUCUCAUAUUGUUUAAUCCGCUUUAGCAUUCUCGAAGCCGAACUCGCAGAUGUGAUUCCGGUCGUUCACACUUCAAUCGCUUCCACCAGAAUCGUUGGUCGUGUGACAGUCGGUGAGUUUUAGUACCGUUCGCAACGUUCGGAUUUUUUCAUUAGGUAAGCUGGAGAAUUAUUUAAUUAGUUUUCCAAGAUCAGCCUUCUACAGAGUAGUGCUGCGUUCAAAGUGAUUUCAGUAAUCUAAAAUUCGUCGGAAAGCGAAAAGAUAAACGAAAGUUUGGUGGGCCAGAGGUCAUUUCUAAUUUCGCGUAAUUGAUUUGAACUUAAAUGAACUCGCUCAGUAUAUGAAAAUUGAAAAAAAAAAAGAGAAUGAAAAUUCAUUCAGAAGGCUUUGAAAUCCCUCUGGGAUUGAAGGAAGACUGAAGUCUACUUUUCACGUGAAACAAUGUUUGAAAAAUUUAUAAACUAAAUGAUCAAACGUCACCACCCAUCAGGCCUUGAGUCACAGUGCGAAAGUUAACUAUUAACGAGGAUUGUCAAUGUUGAGUAACAUUUUCUGUUGUAUUGAAAAAAUGUAAUGAAUGCCAGAAUAAGUUCAGUGAAAUAACUUCCAGGAAAUCGUCACGGUUUGCUUGUUCCGGAAUCUACCACCGACCAAGAAUUGCAACACCUCAGAAAUUCGCUCCCAGAUGAAGUAGGCAAUAAUUCACUUGUUUUUCGCGUAGCUAGCAAGUUUCUGUUCUUUUUUUGAUCAGAAUCCCCGUUUUGCUUUGAACAUGAUCAAAAUCAUUUUUAAAGGUGAAAGUUCGUCGGGUCGAAGAGCGUCUUUCUGCUCUGGGAAACGUGAUUGCCUGUAACGAUCACGUUGCUAUUGUUCAUGCUGAAAUAAGUCAAGAAACUGAGCAGGUUUACUCGCUUUUUUGGUGCUAAAUGUAUUAUUUCAUUUAGGCUCUUGUCGAUGUUCUUGGGGUAGAAGUUUUCCGAGUCAGCCUUGCUCAGAACGCUCUUGUUAGUUUGAAAACUAGGAAAAGUUGAUGAAAAAGUCCUUUUAAGGUCGGAACGUACUGCUCUCUGUCUUCACAAGGAUGUCUCGUCGCCGCCCGUACUCCUCCAGAAACUCAGAGGGAGUUGGCUGCGCUUCUACAGCUGCCUGUCGUCGCCGGAACUAUCAACCGCGGUAGUGAGCUUAUCGGAGCAGGGAUGGUCGUCAACGACUGGGUCGCCUUUUGCGGUCAGUCUUUUGAUAUACUCAAAAAACUCUUAUGUUUCUCAUGUCCCGACAAAUCUGGCGAAAAGCAUAACUUCUUCUACAUUCCUGUUCUAAAGUCUUGCCGUAUUGAGAGUAUAGGGAAGUCUUUACCAAUUACUCGAGAAGAAAGUUUUGGGCCGUAAGAAGCUAUUUAUUUUGUGUCUUGUUAAUUGAAUGUACCCGGCAACGGAAUAUUUUUCGCUUCUGCAUGAAGGCAAGCGUCUAUGACUGAAAUUUGAUUCAAACUAUCAGAAAUGCUGAUGAGACAAAGCAAAACUAGGCGAGCUGCCCCGCCCCGGGAAGCAGUCAUUUUUUUAAAAGAGCCAUUCUUCCUUUAUAUUUUACCAGCUUCUUUUUUCACUCACAUCCAACUUUGCGAUGUAGAACUCUUUUCAAAUAUUUUUUCUACAGGACUGGACUCUACCUCAACGGAGCUGUCAGUUGUGGAGUCUAUCUUCAAACUUGGUGACCAAGGGGCUCCUACAAGCAUUAGCAAUCAAUUACGUGAUACACUCAUUGAAAGUAUGUUGUAG